CUUGUGACUAAUUAAAUUAUUAUAAGCUUAUCUUUUUUUUUUAUCGUUUUUUUUUCCCUUUGAUUUAUUAACAAAGAAAAUAUACAAAUAUGUUUCGCUUAUCUCGUGCUUUAACCACUCGUUUACCAAAGAAUAACAGUAGUUUUGCUCAUGUUACUCGCCGUAUAUUACCUACUCGUUGCUUAACUACUACUGCCUAUAAAGCAACAACAUCAAACAUAAAAAAUGCAUUUGUUUUAACUGGCUGUGUAGCAGCAACUGGCACCUAUCUCAUAUAUUCUCAACAACAGCAAAUUGUUUAUGCAGAGGCACCCCUUGCCGCUACCGACACUGUAGCAGAUCCUAGUACAAAUAUUGCUUUCCCACUUUAUAUCAACUCUCUUGAAGAAGGAUUAAAAAUGUUAAUCGGUUUAGGUAUACGUAGAGUUUCGUUCUUAAAUAUGGGUGUUUACGUACUUGGUUUAUACAUGAAAACUGAGGAUAUAGAUAAAUUGAGAAAAUUAUCAGAAUGGAAGGAUUUUGAUAAAAGCAAGUUAUUAUCAGAUAAGAAAUUAGCAGAACAACUCUUAGAUGAACCCUAUGAAAUCAGUAUUCGUUUAGUCCCCGUUCGCAAUACGAAUACACAACAUCUUCGUGAUAGCUUCAUUCGUGCCUUAAUGCAACGUAUGAAUAGCCAACAGCUUUCAGAAGAAGAAGAAAGACAAAUAUUAGAAGCAAUUCAAGAAUUUAAAGCAAACUUUAUCCCAAUGCGUAUCAUGAAGGAAACUGCAUUUAUCUUUACGAAAACAGUAGAUGGUGGAUUUAAGAUGGAAUAUGAAGGAAGAGAUUUAGGUACUAUUAAGAACCCUUGGUUAGCCAAGAACUUUAUCAUUAAAUAUUUGAACCCUGAUUCACCUUCAAGUCCUGCUGCUCUUAACGAUAUUGCUGAAGGAUUUGAGAGAUUAAUGAAAAAUUAAUAAUAAAAAGUAAUAAUUAAGCCCGCGGAUAGAAAAAAAAAGAAAAAAAAAAGUUGGGCGAGUUUUUUUUUUUUUUUUUUUUUUU